CCCUCUCUCAGUGUAUCGUGUGCGUAACAGGCUCCACCAGCGGCUACUAUAAACAUGUUGACGCCACGGCCACUCAGAGAUACCUGGUCGGCCCGCACCGUCCCCUCUGGCGUGCUCCAGGAGAACAAGCAUGUAUGCAAACAUGUAUGCUGCUGUUGCGAGCUGUACUGAGCAUCUGUGCCUUUAAAGACUUGUAAGUGCGCUUCUACCACAGCCCGCUGUCAACUUCCCACAACUCCAACGCGCUCCGGCGAGUAGAGUAGAGCAGAGCCACCUUACGCGUGAAAGGCACUGAGGUCACCGUCACAGCUAGACCCAUGGAAUAAUAACUAUGGAAUACCACUGGAUACUGCUGUCUAUCUUUUUACAGCUAACCUUUCGUCCAGGCGACACAAAGCCCACGAUCAUUCCUGUCCAGUCCUACCUUGUCGUCUCGCUCAACGAAGCCUUCGACCUGCGUUGCAAAAGCGAGAGCAGGACGCAGUGGAGGCGGGAGGACCGGCCGAAGCCGCUGAGAGCCAAAGAGAUCGAUGGGAUGUGGACGUUGCACUACCCCAAGGCUCUCCCUCUUCACAUGGGGCGCUACAUCUGCCAGGACGAGAGCUCCAAGGAGCAAGCCUCCAUCUACGUCUAUGUGAAAGAUCCUGAAAAUCCCUUCAGAAAACCAAUGGUGUUCGACAUUCUCACUCGUGAAGGAGAGACUGCUUCCAUUCCCUGCCUGGCAACGGAUCCAAGUCUGGACAAUCUGCGCUUGAAAACAUGCUCCAGUGAAGCUCUGGCCUCUGGUCUCCAGUAUACUGCGAGCCUGGAGCAAGGCAUCGUCAUUCACAACACACAAAACGCCUACGAAGGUUGCUACGUGUGCACAGGAACACUCAUGGGAAGGAGCGUCACGUCACAUGAAUACUACCUGACAGUGAAACCAGUACCCGCUACCCCUCCUGUAAUCGAGCUGCAGCUGUCUGGAAGAGUGAUUCUUAUCCGGGGUGAGAGUCUUUCCCUCACCUGCAACACCACUAAUGUCAAUGGAGAAAUCCAUUUGCAGUGGAUCACCCCCCCUGGCUCGGGUGCCGUCUGGUAUCCACAGCAACCAGCAAAGGUUGACGGUGCUUCACGAAUCCUGACAGAGCACUUCACACACAUGCGCAGCGCCACAUUGCAAAUUGCAGCGGUGAGGCCGCAAGAUGCCGGGAGCUACAAAUGUGAAGCUAGGAAUGAAAAAGGGAACAGCACCAAGUCAGUGUGGCUCGAUGUUUAUGAGAGAGGAUUCAUCAGUUUAACACCCACAAACAACAAGACCAUCCACGUCCGUUCCGGCGAGAGUUUCUCUCUGAAAGUCAACAUGGAGGCUUAUCCAAAACCUCAUACCUUGUGGAGCUUCAUGGACCAAGAGCUGAGAAACACAAGCGACCAUGUCAUCACCACACACAGUAAUGCAUACAGUUACAGCUGUGAGCUGAGGCUGGUGCGGCUGAAAACGUCAGAGGGUGGAGUUUAUACCUUCCAAGCCUCCAAUGGUGACGCGUCAGUAAAUCAGACUUUCACCAUCUUUGUAAUCAGUAAGCCUGAGAUUGUAUCUCAUGAGGGCCCAGUGGAUGGACAGGUUCGCUGUGUGGCUGAGGGGUUUCCUGCCCCCCAGAUCACCUGGUACUACUGUGAGCAGCCGUACGUCAGGUGCUCCCAGCAGACGAACGCCACCCAGGAGGAGAACAAUGUCAUGACCAUCACAUUGUUCAGCCCCAUGUUCGGGAAGACGGAGGUGGAGAGUCGAGUGAACAUCAGCAGGGGACGGUUCAACACCCUGGAGUGUGUGGCCACAGUGGAGGGAGAGCAAGCCUACACACUCUUCUCCAUUAAUGAGAGAAGACUUCCCCAUGAUCUGUUCUCCCCUCUGUUAAUUGGCUCUGUAUCAGCAGCAUGCAUCCUCUGUGUCGUCCUUAUCAUGCUAUUCUACAAGUACAUGCAGAAACCUAAAUACCAGAUUCAGUGGAAAGUCAUUGAGGGAAUCCACGGGAACAACUAUGUGUACAUUGACCCCACCCAGCUCCCAUACGAUCACCAGUGGGAGUUUCCUCGAAACAACUUGCAUUUUGGGAAGACGCUGGGAUCUGGUGCAUUUGGAAAAGUGGUGGAAGCCACUGCAUAUGGACUCUCCAAAGCAGAUUCAGCCAUGACGGUGGCUGUGAAAAUGCUCAAAUCAAGUGCUCAUGCCACAGAGAAAGAGGCGCUGAUGUCAGAGCUGAAAGUCCUCAGCUACUUGGGAAACCACGUGAAUAUUGUCAACCUGCUGGGAGCCUGCACUGUUGGAGGACCUACACUAGUGAUCACGGAGUACUGCUGCUUCGGAGACCUGCUCAACUUUCUGCGCAGAAAGAGAGAAUCCUUCAUCUGCUAUAAGCUUGAGGAAGACUACUACUACCGCAACGUCAUGCAACAGAGAGUCGCAGAUGGUGACAGCUUGAACGGCUACAUGACCAUGAGGCCUUCUGUUGCUGGCAACCAACCGCUCGGCUCAUCCUCCGAGAAGAGACGCUCGCUACGCAAAGGUGGCUCCUACGUCGAGGCGGAUGCUGAGAGCGAUAUGUUCGAAGAAGACGGUCUGUCUCUAGACAACGAAGACCUUCUCAGCUUCUCGUACCAAGUGGCCAAAGGCAUGGAGUUCUUAGCCUCCAAAAAUUGUAUUCACAGAGACCUGGCUGCCAGAAAUAUCCUGCUGACUGAAGGGAGAGUAGCGAAAAUCUGCGAUUUCGGCCUGGCACGGGACAUCACGACAGACUCCAACUACGUGGUUAAAGGCAAUGCUCGUCUGCCAGUGAAAUGGAUGUCUCCAGAAAGUAUCUUUGAAUGUGUGUAUACAUUUGAGAGUGACGUCUGGUCCUAUGGCAUUUUGCUUUGGGAGAUCUUCUCACUAGGAAACAGUCCUUAUCCUGGUAUGCCUGUGAAUGCCAAGUUCUACAAACUGAUAAAAGAAGGAUACAGGAUGGAUUCUCCAGAGUUUGCACCCAGUGAAAUGUAUCAGGUUAUGAAGUCCUGCUGGGACGCGGACCCCUUCAGCAGACCCCCUUUCAGGAAAGUGGUGGAAAGGAUUGAACAGCUGUCAGACGCCACUAAGCAUGUUUAUCUGAACAUCAGCUCCAGUCCUCCUGUGACACCCAGAGCAAGAGAGGAGCCCAGUUCCCAGAGCGCUGCGUUUUGCCAUCUCAACUCAGCUGGUGGCAAUAGCAGUCCGACCCAGCCCUUACUGGUCCAGCACGAGGUCUUCCUGGAGGGACAACAGUUACAGCCCACCGGGUGUAAGGACCACCCGAUCUGUCUGGCUGCCUCAUAAAGUUGGCCUGUAAUGUUCCGCCACAAACCACCCAACCACUACAACCGCCCACCGCCCCGGUACCAGCAACAUUUAUUGUGUCGUGUUGCCAGACUGAAUGGUUAAUAACCAUGUAGGAACAGAAAGAAUGACAAAGGGAGGAGACUUGGACUAACGCUCCCGCUCACAGCAAAGACCUGUAAAGGAACCAGGAGGGUGGUGGGACUUCAAACAUUACUCUAAAUCUUUCAUUGAGUUCAUUAUUACACUGUUCUCUGUUUUGUUUAUUUUUUCAGUUAUGUGCUUCCUACACAAUUUUGUCUUUUUGGGGUUUCUUUUUUUGUUCUCACCAUAUUCUGUUUUCUUUCUAUCUAUCGGAGGUUUAUUUUACUUUUUACAUUUUGUGUUUUGUUAUUCUUUGUUGUUUUCUGUCAUGGACAUUGAUGUAGCGUUUUUUAUUUUUUUGGUCGGCUGUUGCAGUUGUUGGAGGAAAAAAGAAAAAAAAAAAAAAGGCACUUGAGGCACUUGAUGUUCACUUCAUUCAGCAUACACCAUAUAAUGCAGCUUUCUUUGUUUUUCUGGAAACUCUUAUUGUUGUCAGUAUUAUUUCCACCUGUUCAGAUAUACAUCAUAUGAAGGGGAGACACUUUUCGGGGGGCAAUUUAAAUUGAGUUAUUGAGAAACUGAUAUAUAAGCUAUAAUCAGCAUUGGUUGGCCAUGCUUGGAGUCCAUAAGUGCUUCAGGUUGAUUAGGAAAUACUUAAAUGCUCUUUUAUGUAGGACGUCACUACGUAGAGAGGCCAAUAACAAUCUUUACUGGACCUUAUUAUAAACCAUGGAUCGUGCAUGAUUCCCUCACACACACAGUUGUCUUCAAAGAUAUGGUAUAGACAUGGUAACGCCAGCUUUUCAUUUAUGUGCUUGUGACUGUAUAUUGUAUACAUAUCUGGAGGUGACGCUCUGCAAGGAAAUGUGAGUCACGACGAAGAGGACAGUCUGUGAAGUCUUAGUGUUCGUCUUAGCUUUGUUACACAAACAGGUCAUUUUUGACAG